UGCCGGGCCACUGGGCUGAAGAGGAGCUAGUUGAUUUAAAUAGCUCGGAAGAGCCUCCCCGUGUGGGAGUCCUCGUCUCUCCCCGAGAGUCUCUCAGCCGGAGGACGGAGUAGUGACCGGGACACCGUCUCCAUUCUCCGUCUCCGCCAAAAUCAUGGCAAAGCACAAAAUCAAGGGUGCUAGCAGCAGCACAGCCUCUGGCCAGGCUGAGCCAUCAGAGACGCCGCACCGGUCAGGUAGUUCCCGUCCCACCACCCAGUUCAGGCCCAUCAAUGCCAAAAUCCCACAUUCAUCUCCAACGCAUCACUCGAAGCCAAAGGGGCCAGCUCAACCGGGGCAUAAAGGAUUCUCCAUCUCACCACCGACCUUCUACGGAAAUAGAACAAAUCCGCACCAUCCUGCGCAAAAUCAGGGCCAGAGCCAGAGUCUCAACCACCACGGUCGCUUGGCAGACAGUUCGACCAAUGGGGGGGACAAACCUGCCGGAGGAGCGGGGCCCACGGGCGAAGGUGCAGAGAUGCGAAGUGGUAUGCCCAACAACCCGGUCCCAGGUGCUCAUGGACCGUCUCAACCCGGUGGACCAGGCUGGCGCCCGAAUUUGGAAGGCAUCCCGGAAGUGAUCUAUCGGCCAGGCCAAAUACAACUCCGCCUGUCACCGGCCAAAUCGCCCAAGCGAGAGCCAGCCACGGCAGAGGAUGAUCAACAUGUACGGAGCGCUGCGGAUGCCAACCCGUACAAUGGUCAAAGCCAGUCAGGCGCAGCUUCCCAGCCAGAGGGAAUGAUGACGACCCCGCAAGUAAUCACAAAUUACGCAGCCAUGACCAACCAACAGAAGGUGGCGAUGUUGCGAAUGUUGAUCAGUCACGGUGCCGACUACCUAGCCUGUCCGCAGGGGGACUCCAGCAGAGAGACAGCGUUUUGGGUGAUGAGUGCGGACCAGAUUCGUGAGAAACAUGGGCUGGACUUCAAAACCCGAAGCAUCUUGAGGGCCGGCGUCAAGGCGAUUUGCAGGUCGAGGCUGAAGCAGAAGGCGACCGGGAAUCUCCAACCGGGAUUUGACGAGCUGAGCCGGGCCAUCGACGAGUGGAAUGAUAUCUUCACCAGGCGAGAACAAGAGCAUGCAGCUCAGCAAGAAUCUGCCGUUCUCUCGUUGCGAUGGUCUGCGAUCCCCCACGAUAUUAAAGCCCUGUCUCACAAAACCCUUGAGAUGUGCUGGGAAACUCUUCAGAGCGUCGAUGCGAGUGCCGAUGAGCUGAAGACAGCAAACAUUCGGGUGGCCGUACUGUUAUGCCCAGACGCGCCCCAAUUCAAUCAGAGGUACGGCGAGAAGGCCUCUGGACAUAUGGAGCUUCGGCGCAGGGCAUUGGCUUGCAAUGCCGUUGUGAGGGGGAUUGCAAUCGGUACCGCGAGUGGCGAUGCACAUGGAGUUAGCAGAGACGCAUCCUCCCAGGUUAGGACUCCGGGACCCAUGAGGGCGGUCGAUGCCGUACCAUCACCAGCAAGUUCUAAAAUGUUCCUUACCCCGUUCUAUUCUCGCGAGUUUGCGGAAGAGUCACCUCAAUCCUCACCUCCCUCGAGAAAGCGAAAGCGGCAGGAUGAUGUUGGGCCCUCAGAACAACAAACGAAGGGAAAGGGAAGGGCUAGGAGGCAGCCCUCGGCAAAAGAUGGAGAAAAUGGUUCAGGAGAUGGCUCUGGAGUGAAAGUAACUGGUGCAGAAGCAUCGCAGCCUACACUGGCGGAGCAGGCCGCUGUUGAAGGUUCGGAUGUUGGGCUAUAUCCAAAGAAGAAGCGGCCCCGCCGUCGACGGCGCGAGGUUGAUAUGAGCAACUUGCUGGACCCUCUUUCCUCGAGUCCCUGUCCGACGAUGGAAGGAACACCUCCGAACAUCACAACGCCUAUGCCGAAGGCAAAUGGCAAAAGGAUCUCAUCUCAGAAGAGAGCCCACGGAUUCUUCGACUCAGAUGAGGGAACCCCAGCAAAGUCGAGUCAGACGCUUUUGGACAGUCCAGCCGCCGAGAAGCCAAAAUCUUCGAGCAAAAAGGGCUCGGCCCGGAGGAAGACAAGGGCGAGGGCAUGGCGCGAAGCCGUGUCGGGUGCCGUCAACAGCCAUUCCGGUGUCUCACCGACGCUAGGGGAAAACCAAGCGGACGCCUUGCUCUCGUCGCCACCAACAGGCCCGUCAAGGAUGAGAGCCCCGACCUUGCCCCACAGCCCGCCGACGUCGCCUUCGUCACGGCCGAUCUCCGAACCGAACGAGUCGCCCGACCCCAGGCGCAGGAGAGCACAGACGGACUACGAAAGCGAAGACAUGUCCUCAAUCGUCCAGCGGCACAGCAGGGAAUCGAAGGAGGAAUGCAAGCAGCUCAGAAAGAAAUAUCGGGCGAUCCAGCAAGAGAACGAGAUGUUCAAGGAACGGCUGAGUCAGCUGGAGGCGAUAGUGAUGGAGAAAAAAUGAUCGAUACAGUAGUACGGGGUGAUGCAGAGAAACAUAGGGUACGGUGAUCCCCAUGUACUGUCGAGUUGGUUUCUAGAUUGUGUUGUAUUACAUGUCUCAGUUCAGGGACACAGAUACCU